GGAAGAGGUGUUGAACGGUCUGUACGUGGGGGCAGAGCGGCGCGGCAGUGUUGAAAAAAAAAAUGUUGCAAUUACAUUAAUUUAUUAUAUCGUCAUAAAUAGAUGCCAAGUGUCGCCAGUGUUUGAGAGCAAAAGCAUUAAUCCUCUGAGCCAGUGGUUUAAUUGUGAUAAAAUCGAGUGUCUCCAGUUCUUCCCGAAAUUUAAUUAUUCAUCAUCGUGAUACACAUACACGUGGGGAAGAUUACCCAUCGGUGAAUCUUUUUUGGCAGCUAAAAUAUUUGGUAGUGCGUCGCUGACCCGUUGGGCAAAGCCAUCCUUCACACCCCACGGUGGUGUCCAGGGGAAUUUCACUUGUCGCCAAAUUCGUUCGACAUAAACAGAGACACAUUUGUAUCAAGUGAUUUUACUCGAUCAAACAACAUUGCAACAUCAUUGGAAAUACGUUGAAUCUGGCGAGGGAUCGAAAGGUCUGUCGCGAAAUAAUCGAUCCUGAAAAAUCAUCGGCGAACGAUGGAAGUAGUAACGGAGGAAUGAUAGGAUGCAAGAGGGUAGUACGGCCGUGGCGCUAGCAAUGGUGACUCCUGGCUAUGAUCAGGACCCUGCAAGCGGGGUUGCCGACUAUACAGCACAUCAGGAUCAGGCGCAGUUUGAGGCUGACAAACGGGCUGUCUACAAACAUCCAUUAUUUCCACUGCUAGCAUUACUAUUCGAAAGAUGCGAGCAAGCAACACAAAGCUCCGACAAUUCCACAUCAGAAAGCUUCAACAUGGACAUACAAGCUUUUGUCCAGCACCAAGAAAGAGACCGAAAGCCAUUUCUUAUAAAUGACCCCGAGAUUGACGGCUUGAUGAUCAAAGCCAUUCAAGUCCUGCGGAUUCACUUACUGGAAUUGGAAAAAGUACAAGAAUUGUGCAAGGAUUUUUGCAACAGGUAUAUUGGCUGUUUGAAGGGAAAAAUGCAGAGCGAAAAUUUAUUGAGAAGCGAUUACAGUCAUCAUGGCCACGAUAUGGGGCCAUCGAGUGGCAGCAAUGGCAGCAGUCCACUGCAGGUGCUGUCAUCUACAGGCAAUGAUGUUGAGCCGGGAACUAACGGACUCGGAGUAAGCAGAGGUGAUGCACUUUCGGAGAAUGGGAGCACCUUCAGCCAGGGUGCCCUGCAGAUUGAUGGUAGCAUUGUUGAGAGGCCACCGAGAUCAGCGUCAAUCGCUCAGCACUCGGUGAGAUCGGACAGUCAGGAUCAGGAUGAUCCACCAUCGCCAUCCACUGUUCAUGGGAGCACACCACUGUCACAGAUCGGUGCUCAUCCCUGUUCUUCUGUCAGUGACAUGUACCUUGGCCAAGACAUAACUGUUGCAGGCUCCCCCUCGCCAGCAGCGAGUGAGGACGAUGAGGACGGCUGUGGGAAUGCCUCGUCGAGUCAUACUGGGGCCAAUGGGAGCAGUAGAAAGGGAGGUAGACAGAAACGAGGGGUUCUACCGAAACAGGCCACUAGCAUCAUGCGUGCAUGGCUGUUUCAACACUUGGUUCAUCCCUACCCAACAGAAGAUGAGAAACGUCAGAUAGCGAGUCAAACGAAUCUGACCCUUCUCCAAGUGAACAAUUGGUUUAUAAAUGCACGUCGACGAAUUCUCCAGCCAAUGUUGGACGGUGCUGGCGCCGAGGCAUUGCCACGCACUGGAAAAAGGCACAAAGUCAUGAAGCACGUUGUACAACCUCAGUAUCACCUUCAAUCGGUACAACAAAACACUGGAUCCCAGCAGGUCCAACCAAGUGGCUGGCCAUCGGACGAUUCAGCAAGUGAUUCAGGAUCAAGCGACGGUGAUGGGGGUGCCAGAUCAAAGUAUGACAAUGAAAGCGAUGAGGACGAUAUUCACUGACCUUUACCCUACAAAUCGACAUCGACCUCAUUGUGGUACCUUCGUAACCAGUUGCUCAUUACAGUAUUAAGGUAUUCGAGGUUAGAUAUCGCUUUAACUGUUAAACACAUAAUCAUUCACGCGAUUAUCAGGGGUACGUUGAGCCAUGUUGUCACGCUCUCGUGUGGACGACUGGUCAUUGUCAUCGAUAUCUUUUCAUCAAUAUUUUUUCUUCUCGUUUGGUUAGCAAAUUUACGAAAAUAAUUUUCAAGGUUGAGAGACCUGGGGCUUUCUUUAGGAAAUUCUGUUGAAUUUUUAUUGGAGUUGGCUUGAAAUUCUAUUCAAGAUUAUGUAACUGUGUGAUUUUUAAUUUCUUAUAAUAAAAUUUAAACAAACGAUUGGAAAAUUCUUACAAAACUCUGGAUUCUAAAAAAUUCACAUGUAUAGACAUUUUUAUAUAAAAAAUAUGCAUUCCAACAGAACUCCAGUAGAAUUUAUUAGAGAAACCCCUAGGUUUUUCUAUCAGUUAUUUUUUAUUAUGUCAAAGAUUCACUCACAAUUACCAAUGAUUUAUAAUUACCGAAGCUUCCCACAUUCUUCCAAUCUCAUAUAUUUCAAGGAUAGAUGAAGUCAUUGUCACAAAAUUUAGUAGAAAAACUUUUCUUUAGAAAUUCUAUUGGAGUUGUGAUAAAAUUUUAUAAAAUAAUUCAGUUUUUCGCUUUGUGUCAUUUUGCCAAGAAACAUUUGAUAGAAAAAAGCCAAUAAAUCUUCUUUUUUUUUCUUUAUAUAUUAUCCUUUAUAUAUAAAAAAUUCCAUCGCAAAUUUACGGAGUUUUUCCCACUGUAUUUUUACUCAUUUCUCACAAUAAAAUCUCUGGACUUUUUCCAAUAAAAAAAACCAAUGAAAUUUCUCCGGAAAACUCCUGGUUUUUCUAUAAUUUUUUUAAAUUUUCAUUUCACGUGCAAAGAUUCUUUUUUGUUUUUCAACAAUUCCCAAUGAUUUACAACAGCUGAAGCUUCCUGCAAUCUUCCAAUUCCCUAUACUUCAAGCGUAGAUCAAGUAAUAGUGCCCAAAACUCUGAUAAAACUAUUCUUUUUUUACCUCGGAGAAUUCCGUCGUAAUGUGGCAACGAAAUCCCUUUGCUGAUGAUUCAUUAAAAAAAAAUUAAUCAUCACCGAAGUAAAAUCCACAUUAACAGCAGAAUUAUUGACUACCGUAUCCAUUAAGUUGAGUAAUAGUGCCAUUGGAGAGCGUGUCGACGUUUCAGGUAUAGUCUUUGUUCAGCUCUGCAUCGUCGUGACGUAGCAAAGUGCUGUCCCUCCAAGAUAAUAAUGAUAAAAAGUAAAAAAAUAAAAAAAAUAAAAAUAAAAAUAAAAAUUCAUUGAAUAAUAUAAUUCUACUUAAAAUUCAAAAUAUAUAACAAUUAUAUUUUUAAACUCUACGUGUCGUCUCGAUGCAUGUGCCGCAGCGGUAAUUUUUUCAAGAUGCGCAACGGUACUUGCUGUACAUAAUUAUAUACCGAGCGUUUAUUAGGAAUUUAAUGUUAAAAUUGAAUAUUAAACGACCGUUUUUAAGACUAAAUGCAAAGAACAAAACUUGAAGUAAUAUUGAUAUUCCUAAUGAUAGAGAUAAAUAACCAAGAUAGUUAUUGUAAUGACGAUAAAUUUGUGGAUGAUUUUUUUUUUAGAAUUUCAAAAUUUAUUUUCACUGUGACAAUGCCAUGUACGCACGCAGGUCAUUUUUUUUUUCAUUGGGGAGGUGCAUGUAUACACUGUCUGCAAACGAUUGUUCAGAAUUUUUCUUGAAUUAAUGAUCAACGAUGGUCCGUCCAGUGCGGUUCAAUAUUUUCCAAUUAAUUUCGUAAUUGAUAAUUUUUCGCGUGCCACAGAUGGUCAAACGAUAUUUUUGAUAUUCUUGGUGAUGGUAUACAUACUGUACACUUUGAUUGGUAAUUGAUGCUUGAUGGUGUGACUAUAUUGUUUGGAGACAGUGGAGGGGGGUACAGUGCAUUGCACGGAAAUUAUGUUUAUUUCAUCUACUGUUCAUCGAUUGUACAACGAAUUAUGUAAUGUCCGUUGCAUUGUGAAUACUGUGCUCGAUUAUACAGUUGUUCAUUUGGUGGGCAGUGGUAGGACGUGAUUAAUUGAUUUUUUGGCUUAACAAUAGGAUGAAAUGAAACUUUCUAAAUUUUCAAUAUUUGGUGAAAUAGUCUGGAUUUCAUAAAGAAUCCCUUCAUCUGCAAAAAAAAAGUCUGAAAAUUUCCUGAAAAUCUUGUCAUCGAGACAAUUUCCCAUCAUCAAUAUAAUCCGUAAUAAUCGUCAAAUCGCGUUCUCCACUUUCCCACUGGAUAAUUUUUACUCAACCAACAUAAAAAAUGAAAAAAAAAAAAAAAACGACGAUUCAAACUAUGAACAUGUAAAAGUAUAGGUUUUAAGGCUGAACCAUGUAUACGUAUAUGUGCUGCGGCACCAGACGACUGUGAUAGCUCGGUGGGCGGUGCCCGGCCUCCCAAUUCACACACUGCACCUUGAUGAAAAUAAUACUGUUCUACAAUACCUUGGGAAGUGAAUGGAAAAAAAAAAUUUAAUUAAAAUUAGUAAUAAACAACAAGGUGCAAAGUGCAUUGCACUCUAUGCGUUGACUGAUAAAAAUGUAAACAUAAUUCAAAAAUUAGCAGAAGCCCUCGCUUAAUUUAAUUCCUUGUGAAAUUGACAAUUCAAAAUGGGUUCGUGUAUUCUUCCCUGAAUGCACCCCAAUGGUGCGAAUUUCAUCGUUGAACUGAUGCUGAGCACCACCUCAAAGCAUCCAUUGCGAUUCAAUCGAGAAUAUGUAAAUGACGAGUGGUGAAUGAUUGUCAUUAAUGUCUUUUUUCUUCAUUUCUGUGAAUUGAUUUCAUAAUUUCAAAGGAACGUUGAUUGUUUGUACCAUUUUUCCGAUGAUAAAAUAUUUCCAAUUGCAAUUAUUCGUACGUUUAAUUGCUAUUUUCUUGAAUGAUAUAUUGAGAUUGUGAGAAUUGUUCUACCUACUCCAUACCCCCGGAAAUCGAUAAAAAAUCAAAUUGAAAAUAAAAAUAUGAAGAAUUGAUGAACAAAUUUUUCAAAGUAAUACUAUACGAUAUGGAAUUAUUAAUAAAUAUACCCUAUGAAUAAAUGCAUUGCGUAAUUAAUAAGAGAAGAACAAUUGAUUACACGAUAAUUAAUUGAAUAAUUAUGUUCCUCGUGUACAUCUCUACGCCAUGUUAAUUAAGUUUAUUGAUAAUAAAUGCCAUCACGCUUGCAAUGAA